AUGGAGACUCUUGGAAGCAUUAGCACUCUCCAGAGCCGGAGAAUAAUAUUGUUUCCGCUACCUUUUCAGGGUCAUAUCAAUCCCAUGCUUCAGCUAGCAAACAUUCUUCACACCCGCGGUUUCAAAAUUACCAUUAUACACGCUGAAUACAACUCUCCUAAUCCUUCCAACUAUCCUCACUUCACCUUUAAGCCCAUUAAGGACCACCUUUCCAAAGUUGCUCACGAGUAUCCUACGAACCGAGACGGUACCUAUUUUGUUAGGUACUUAAACAAAAGCUGUGUAGAUUCGUUUACUGAUUGUCUAGCUGGGUUGUUGACGGAACCCGGUGAAGAACGGGUUGCUUGUGUAAUCACAGAUGCGUGUUUCUACUUCACUCAGGCGGUGGCGGAUGAUAUGAAGCUACCUCGGAUAGUGCUCCGGACUAGUAGUCUCGGUUGCAACCUUGCUUAUGAGGCUUUACCCUUUUACUCUAAAACGGGUAGUUUUUACCUUACAAAACAAGGUCAGUCAAAUAAUACUUUCCAAGUCAUUCCACAAAUCACUUAA